AUGUUAGUUGAACCUUACUACAAUCAAGAUUUUGCAGCCAAGAUGUUGGUUUGGAACAACUUAUGGUUAAUAUUCCUUGCGAUUUUCCAUCUCACUGCCGCACUUCCGGUUGGGGAGUCUUCCAAAUACGUUGCAGAACGAGGAAUAGAUGAAGAUAAUGAUGCCCAAGUAUUGUAUCUAGAUAAAAGAGAUAACGCACUUUUGGAUACCUUUUUCACUCAAUUAAAUAAAUCAGGGUUGGGAGUUCAAAUUGUACACGAGUUUUAUUCUAACCCAUUAACACAACCUACAGUUCUCAAUCUUAUAAAUGGGUUCCUUAGACAAGUGGACUUUGUAACCUUGUUGGAUGAGCUUUCAAGUUCAGGUUUAGCUCAUGAUGUGGCCAUGCUGAUGUUUUAUAACAAAGAAGCAUUCCCUGAUUUAUUCAAGAUAAUUCAGUCCUUAAGACUGGAUGGUACUAUUCCUUACAAAAAGAGAGAAUACAUUGAAAAGAGGGGUCUUAUAGGAGAUAUUCUUGGAGGCGUAGGUAGUGUUGUCAAUGGUAUUUUUGGAGGAGGUUCUUCGUCAAGUUCUUCAUCUGCAGCAGCUCCAACUGCUUCGAGCACAUCAGCAACAGCUGCUUCCUCAACAGCAAAUGCUGUCUUUCCCACAUCUGUGCUGCUUGCAACUGGAAGUAUUCUUUCGGUUCCCUCUAUAACUACAAGUUCCGGUGCUACCACCACCACUAAUGGAGGUCUCUUUGGCUUCAUCGGUGGGAUCUUUGGCACUGUUACUAGUGAUGUUGGUUCUGUUGUUAGCGGUGUCAACUCUGCUGUUGGCUCUGUGGCUUCUGGUGUUAGCGGAGUUGUAGGUGGACUUGUGAACACUACAACUACUUCAAUUAAUAGUUUCAUUCUGUCUUCUCUGGAAGUUGCAACUUUGACAAGCGUGUUUGAUUCAUCGUCAAUAGCUGCUAUUGCAACCUUAUUACAACUUUUUCAAGCUAACAAAAAUAUGGAUGACUGGAUCAUUGCUUUACAAAAGUCGGGUUUGGGUGUACUGAUUGUUCAAGACGUUGUAACUACUUUAGAUGGUCAGCGUUUUGCAGUUACAGCUGCUCACAGCAUCAAGAAAAACGCUCCCCAACCAUUAGGUACGUUUAAGGCACAGACAUAUAGGAAGAAAAUGGCACACCGUUUGAUAGUGAAUGUUGUUUUAACAGGAGCCAGUGUUUUUGGCCGAGCAUUCACUGAAGCAUACAAACAAGCAGCUAAGGCCUCGGCCAGCAAUGCGAAGAUGCAAAGCACUAAAGCUACAAGUGUAGGGGGAGUACCAGUCGAUGAGGCGUUGAAGAUUCUUGACUUGGAGAGAAAGGAUUUGAGUCAUGGAAAGAUUGAAGACAAGUACAAGUAUUUGUUUGAGGUUAAUUCCAAGGAGAAGGGGAAUUCGUUUUAUAUUCAGAGUAAAGUGUACUAUGCCAUGGACACACUAAAGAAAGAGUUAGACUAUUUGGAAAAGCUACAACAACAGAAGAAGGAGCAGUCACAGCAAAAUCAACAACAACAACAAUAG